CAGACUACGCUUCCCAGCAGGCACCUCGGCCGGAGGAAUACAGCACCCAGCCGGCUCCGCGCCGCUGCUCCGCGCAUGCGCCGCAGAGGCUGGGCUGUUGCUCCCUGACGGGUGGCUGCGGCGGGUCCUCGCCAUGGAGUCCUACGACGUGAUAGCGAACCAGCCCGUCGUGAUAGACAACGGCUCGGGUGUGAUAAAAGCAGGCUUUGCAGGUGAUCAAAUACCAAAAUACUGCUUUCCAAACUAGCUCAACACCCAGCCAAAGAUGUAGGAUCCUUUACUCUUGAGACACGAGGAAAAGGACCGAGAAAAAGACAAAGUUGGGACGAGAGUGUGGGCAGACCGAAGCACAUUCGUGUUAUGGCUGGUGCUUUAGAAGGGGACAUUUUCAUUGGUCCAAAGGCAGAGGAGCACAGAGGUCUCCUCUCAAUCCGAUACCCGAUGGAGCACGGCAUAGUGAAGGACUGGAACGACAUGGAGCGCAUUUGGCAGUAUGUGUAUUCAAAAGACCAGCUUCAGACGUUCUCAGAGGAGCAUCCUGUGCUGCUGACGGAAGCACCUCUAAACCCACGCAAGAACAGAGAGCGUGCUGCUGAGGUGUUUUUUGAGACCUUCAAUGUGCCAGCACUAUUCAUCUCCAUGCAAGCUGUGCUUAGCCUCUACGCUACUGGGAGGACCACAGGAGUGGUGCUAGACUCCGGGGAUGGCGUCACCCACGCGGUUCCCAUCUAUGAAGGCUUUGCCAUGCCUCACUCCAUCAUGCGGAUCGACAUUGCCGGCCGGGAUGUCUCACGCUUCCUGCGCCUCUAUCUCCGGAAGGAAGGCUAUGACUUCCACACCACCUCUGAGUUUGAGAUUGUCAAGACCAUCAAGGAGCGUGCCUGCUACCUGUCAAUAAACCCCCAGAAGGAUGACACUCUGGAAACUGAGAAGGCUCAGUACUACCUGCCAGAUGGAAGCACUAUUGAGAUCGGCCCUGCCCGUUUUCGGGCCCCAGAGCUCCUGUUCCGGCCGGACCUGAUAGGGGAGGAAUGUGAAGGACUCCACGAAGUGCUCGUUUUUGCCAUUCAAAAAUCAGACAUGGACCUGAGGCGAACGCUGUUCUCCAACAUCGUGCUGUCUGGCGGCUCCACGCUUUUCAAAGGUUUUGGAGACAGACUGUUGAGCGAAGUGAAGAAACUAGCUCCGAAGGACGUCAAAAUAAGGAUAUCAGCUCCUCAGGAGAGAUUGUAUUCCACGUGGAUUGGUGGUUCUAUCCUGGCUUCACUGGACACCUUUAAGAAAAUGUGGGUUUCGAAAAAGGAAUAUGAAGAAGAUGGAGCUCGUGCCAUCCAGCGACAAGCCUUCUAGCCCUGGGACCUGUCCUCAGUCUCCUCCGAAGACUCACUUCAGUUCUAAACUCGCUUUUCUGAGUCCGAGUGUCUGAGAGCUGCCUGUGUGUGUGUGUGUGCCAGCAUGCCCCGAUGUCACUGAGCAGACGACAGCAGCAGGAGGGUUGUAUUAGUACUACUAACUACUUAUUUUCUUAUUUUAUUUUUGUUUUAUUUUUGGUUUUGUUUUUUAAAUGGAAAGGGGAAAAUACCAAUCUGAAUUUCUCCUGAACAGCCCAUUCCUUUUUCAUUUCAGUCUCUUAAUUUCUGUAUCGCAAUCACAUUUGUCACUUUAAAACAAAAAAAAAGCAAGCAAAAACAAAGGGAACAGCUUAUAGGAACUGCCUAGCAAGCCUGAAGGGAGCCAACCACUGCAGACUGCUCACAUGGGCUUUAGUCAGCCGACUGCAAUGCCUGGAUUGUCUGGAAACAUGUAGCUGAAGCCCCAUCGCUACUUUUUUCUUCAGCAGUGUCUUCACCAUCAGUAGGUUUUUUGAAGUUGUUUUUAAUAUAAUUUUUUAUUAAGAGAAAGCACAUUCUCAACAGCUAAGCCCAUUUGCCCCCACUGUUUUUGGUGCGUGAGUGUGUGUACGCAUGUGUAACUUCUUAGCCUGAUGUGCGGGUCUGCACCGCAGCUGGAGAAGUUGGUGAUAGGACUUAGUUUGUAUUGCAUGGAGUAGAACAAAGCAAAUCUUAUCAGCUGUCAUUGUACUAGACGGUUAUUCUCUUGUACCUUUUUUUAAAUACUUUUUCUCCUCUGGAAGCAAGUGCCCCAGAGUGGGGGUGAAGGCACUUGUGUGUUCCCCCUCAACCUGCCAGCAUAUACAGUGCUGAGUUCUCAUGUUUGUUCUCUGUAAGAGUCAAGGCUGUUUCCCUCCUUCCUGCAGUGUCAGGCCAAAGGGAGCAUGUAUCUGCAGCCAGGCAUAACUCUUGUGUACUUUAUCCAUUCUGGGGCAAAAUAAUAAUCGGAAAGGUGCAUUGUAAUGUAAGAAUUGUUUCAGUUAUUGCAAUGUCUGAGGAUAUCUCAAAUACUGACCACAGCACCUGGGAAUUACUCUUUGGGUCUUCUUUGAUCACCUGCUACCCUGCUGUCCGUUGUUGAUGUUAACACUGUUUACAGCACACAUGCGUAGUGGAAUUGCCAGCCCUGCGACAACGCGCAGCAGCUGCUCUUUAGGGCGUCUCCUUGUUCUCUGUGAAUACACUAAAUGAGAGGACAAUAAACUGUACGAGGACAUUGGUGGGAGCAGCAGCUUUGUUAGCAGGAGGCUGUGGCGAUGGCUGCGUUCUGCUGUACUGCUGAUGCCUUUCUGCUCACCUGGUGGCUGCUUCACUUCUGUUUUCACAGCCAUGGGCAGCCCUACAGCCCCGCUUGCGUUGGCAUGUGUCACUCUUCCUUCCUUAUGCAUUAUUUGGUGCUUUUCUUUUUUCUUUCAUCCUGUUAAUUUUCUGCAGGACCUCGCAGUAGCAGUGGAGCUGGAGUUUCUCUGUGGCAGUUCAUCCCUGUUCCCUCCUUUCUGUUUGUUGCCGUGCAUCACCUCGGGGUCCCCCUCAAGCGCAGAGAUGGGGUGAGAGCUGGGGGGCUGCAGAGGCCUGGCAAAGCUGGGGCACGGGCCCAGCUGAGAGGAUGUCAGCAGCAGUGUGCAGGGUGCUGCUCCAGGGGGAACUGCUGUGCUCGCAGAGGCUGUAGCCAGGCAGGUGGGGUGGUCUCUUCCCAGCUGAGGCCAGGUUGCUUGUUCACCUACCCCCAUCAGAGCAGAGUGUGUAUUUUUAAGCAAGAACCUGUCAGAGAAGAGCAGGCAGUGCUCAGCCUUAUUCUGCUGUAAAAUCAGUUGCGUUCUUGCGGGUUUGUUGCAGCGUACAGACGGGAAGCAAAUCCUUCUUGGUGCAGUUUGCACACGCCCCAGGCAGUGCCAGUGAUCUUCCCCCCGCCCCUCUGCUGGCCUGGCAGAAGCAGCAGUGCUCCAUUUUGUAACCUGCAGUGACUGCACUGAAAGGUGCCGCCUCCAAUCUAGCAUUCAUUUGAUCUGCCUGACUGUUCCCUCGCACACUGUCCAAACCAUGUUGCCUGGUGGUGCCCAGCAUAUUUAAAUAAAGUCAUUCAUAUACAA